AUGAUAAUUUCGAAUAAGUCAGAUAACGAGUCGGCGGCAUUUACGGCAAGCAUCGGGCAACGUGGUGUGGCGGAGACGUUGCGGGGUGCAGCCGAGCUUGCAGCCAAAACCGAUGCAGAGGCACGGGUAUUGGGCGGGUUGGAUGGGGUGGGCGGGCCGCUGCUCAACGCAGCGUCGCGCGUGCCGCGGAUCUCGUUUCUCUUGUGCGAUACAGACACUGGUGCGGUGGCCGCAGAACCGGUACCGCCGCAAUCCGCGCUUGUAGCACCGCAGGGAGCCUUCAGCUUCACGUCGCCCAAGUUGGCGAAGUUCCAGGAGUGUGCCUCGCCGGUUGUAACGGUUAACCGUGGAUUUCGGUACACGAUCAAGGAGGAGGAGGACCUGACGAGCGAAAGAAAGGCGCGCAAGAACUUCAAACUGCCCGAGGACAUAGUGUUCACCGGAGGGUUCCUCAGGAACACCAUGCUUCGGUACUACGACACGGAGGUGCUCCGAAGCAGCGACAAGAAGUAUGUACCAGGGCAGGACGGUGACCAGUUUGCACAGACGUUGAAAGACGUGCGGCAGGCCGAAGUUUUGUUCGAAAACCAGUCUGUGGAGGGCUUGACGCCCUUCCUUGAGGCCAAGGCAGGCUCCUUGGGCCCGGAGAUUCGCGACUUCCGCACGAUCAUUGCCCUUCAACGGCGGCAGGUGGAGCAUCAGGUCUCAUUGCAGUUCGGAAUCAAUCCGGAUCAGGUAGAGGACAAAAGCGAUGUGUUCCAUUUCUCGAUUAUUUCACGCAAGUGCGAGCACGACGACCCUGCAGUGAAUAUCACGAGUGGGUGGAUGCAUUUGAUUGCGACAUAUGAGCUUGCGCUACUUCUUGAGUUCAUUUUUGGCGAUAUCGAUGAGAACAUCUGGGCGAAUGAUGAGCUUCUAAGCGCCGAGGUAGCAAACGAUCCAAAGAAGCGGUACCAAUCACGCAUGCGUUCACGGUACAAAGGUGCCAUAUUUAUUACAGUCUAUGCCUCUCGUAAAUUGAAUAAGAAUACCCCAGGGUUUUUGGAGGGCAAUAGCAGCGGUGAGGAAGAGGUCGCCAUGGACGCCUGCGCGGUUGGUCGCAAGAAAGCCAAGAUAAAGAUAAAACGAAAGACCCUCCGCUUGAAGGCUGCAAUUUACGAUCAAAUGCUUUCUUACCGCAUAGGAGUCACAGGGCAGCCGUCGCAUUCUUUGGUUAAGGUGGACAAGCUUAAAUGGAUCAUUGAACGUUCUGUCGAAGCGUAUUCAUGGGUAAAUCCCUCAAAGGCCCCCGCGGGUGGCUAUAAAAGGUUGUUUUAA